AUGGUGAAAGUGAGAGCAAUUCGCACUUCUUUCUCAGAAUUUGAGGAUAGCUCUAGUUCAGAUAGUGAUUAUCAUGAAGAUGUACUCCCAGAAGAUAAUUCAUCAGAAGAUGAUGAAGAAAUUAUUGCUGCCAGAGAGAAGCUAAAAAAUUAUACUAGAGGAUGGAAGUCAGUUGCACUAUUGCAGGAAAGUGACAAUGAAGAUGAACAGAAUGCAGGGGCUAAUGAUCCUCCAGAUGAGACACAAACAAAUGAGGAUGAAGAUGUCUUUGAGUCUGAUGGUCAAAUAAGUGAAUACAUUGAGUCUUCUGACCCUGGUAGCUAUAGGGAUAGCACUGAGGAGGAUCCAGAGCUGAGGGAUGAUGCUGUGAGGAAGAAGAGUAGAUUCCCAUCAUUCAAAUCUCAUAAAGGUAUACCCAAUUUCGAGCUUAGUAUGUUGUUUAAUAGUAAUGAGGACUUCAAAAAUGCGGUGAGCAAUUAUGCUAUAUUGACUAGGCAUGAUAUUAGAUUCACUAAGAAUGAGCCUGAUAGGUGUAGAGCCAAAUGUAUGGGAACUUUUGACUGUCCUUGGCUUAUAUAUGGGUCAUAUGAUAGAGAAAUUGAUAGUUUUCAAGUGAAAACAUUCAAUCCGGAGCACAAUUGUGAACCUAAAAGGGGUUUGAAGAGACUAACAUCUAAGUAUCUGAUCAAGGAAUUCUAUGAUUUAAUUGUUGCACACCCAGACAAAAAGAUAAGAUAUCUUAAGCCAUUUAUGGAAAAGAAGCUUGAGUUAGAUGUUAGUUUAGGUCAGUGCAAAAGGGUUAGGAAAACUGUCUUAGCAGAUCUUGAAGGUAAUUGUGUUCAAGAAUAUGCAAAGCUGAGGGACUAUGCAGAGGAGUUAUUAAAAUCUAACCCUGGUACUACUGUUGAUCUGCUUACUGAUAGACCAGUUUUAGGUGUGGAUGGAUGUUUUUUGAAAGAUUUGGUGAAAGGGGAGUUGCUUACUGCUAUUGGUAGGGAUGGUAAUAACCAGAUGUUUCCAGUUGCAUGGGUUGUUGUGAUGGUUGAGAACACAGAGACUUGGACAUGGUUCUUGAAUUUAUUGAGACACGACAUUGGCACAGCUGAGGGAGAGGGAUGGACACUGAUUAGUGAUAGACAAAAGGGGUUAGUGGGUGCUGUAGCAGAUACUUGGUCCGAGGCUGAGCAUAGGUUUUGUUGUAGGCAUUUGUAUGCAAAUUGGUGCAAGACAUUCUCAGGGCGACAUCUAAACAACUUGUUCUGGACCCUUGCAAAGUCAACAAACAGGUAUGAUUUUGAUCAUAAUUUGAAGCAACUUCAGGAAGUGCAUGCAGAGGCUGCCAAAGAUUUGAUGUUGGUUGAUCCAAGGUACUGGUGCAAAGCCUUCUUCAGUACACAUUCCAAAUGCGACUCAUGUGACAAUAACUUGUGUGAGGCAUUCAAUGGAACAAUUUUAGAAGCAAGGAACAAGUCCAUUAUCUCUAUGCUUGAAGACAUUAGGCGAGCAAUGAUGCGAAGAAUCAGAGACAAAAGAUUAGGUGUAUCUAAAUGGAGAAAUGAUUGGGGUCCAUUGAUUCAUAAGAAGCUUCAAAGCAACAUUAGGGAUAGCCACAUCUGGACAUGUGAAUGGAAUGGGGGGGGGGGUAGUUACGAGGUCAAAUGUGGGAGGAGUCAGUACGUUGUUCGACUGCGACAGGGUGUGUGCACAUGUGGUGCAUGGGAGCUUACUGGCAUUCCGUGUGCACAUGCAGUAUGUGCAAUACAUUAUGCUGGUGCGAAGGCUGAAGAUUACAAGGUGUUGUGGUACAAGAGCAAUACGUAUCUUAGGGCAUAUCAAAAACCAAUUGAGCCAAUACGCGGGGAAAAUAUGUGGCCAAGGAGUGAGCAAGAACAGGUGGUGCCUCCAAAGUUACGAAAAAUGCCUGGCAGACCAAAGAAGAAGAGGAGAAGGGAGAUGCAUGAAGUAAUACUAAAAAACAACUUGACAAGAGUAGGGAGGUCUAUGACUUGCCAUGUUUGUAAAGGGAAGGGCCACAAUGCUAGAAACAAAAAGUGUCCAGGAAGGAGUGGACCAAGCAGCCAAAAGGAUUGCAGACCUAAGUCCCAACCAAGGAAGAGAGUUAUGCUAUCUGGUCUUGGAUUGUAUAUCAACCCUGAAACAGGUCGUUCGAUCCUCAAUCCGGGUACAUCAAUGUCUAGGAUUAUUGAUCGAGGUAUUCAGAGUUCGAGGACAAAAAAUAUUUCAUCUCAAGAUGCUGCAGGAUCUGGUGAACCCAUUUAA